CUUUGUAUUUUAACGUUCAGUUUGCCGUUUUGCUUAGUGGAAGUUGCAGCAUUUUUGUGUUUUUAUUCUUUUGGAUGCAUGAGAAUGUCUGAAGCCAGGAAUGAAGCAUGUCUCUUCUGUGUCCGUCACACUCCGACUGUUUGUUUUGGGCAGCAUCGGUACACCGCUGAGGAAUAUCAGGCAAUCCAGAAUGCUUUGCAGAGGCGACUGGGUCCGGAAUACAUCAGUCAACGUCCAGCAGGUGGGGGGCAAAAGGUCUGCUACAUUGAGGGUCACAGAAUUGUCAACCUUGCGAAUGAACUCUUUGGAUAUAAUGGAUGGUCUCAUUCUAUCACACAACAAAAUGUUGAUUUUGUGGAUCUCAUUAAUGGAAAAUUUUAUGUUGGUGUCAGUGCAUUUGUUAAGGUCCAACUCAAGGACGGGUCUUUCCAUGAAGAUGUUGGUUAUGGAGUGAGCGAGGGACUGAAAUCCAAGGCACUGUCACUGGAGAAGGCCAGAAAGGAAGCAGUCACUGAUGGACUGAAGAGAUCUCUGAAAUCCUUUGGCAACGUCUUAGGUAAUUGCAUUCUGGAUAAAGAGUAUCUGCGAUUAGUUAAUAAACUCCCCCGGCAGCAAUCAGAUUUUCAGCUGGCUGAUGCUAAAAGAAGGGACAAUGAACCCAUGGUUCAGAAAGCCAGAUACAGCAGCAUGUUACAGGCUCAGAUCCAGCCUCUGUCUUCACAUUCCCCAUAUGAUGGUGUUAAAGAAGAGAUAGCAGAAAGGAAGGAAAAUGUGAUAGAAGGAACAUAUAGUUUUUCACGAAAUACAGAUUGCAGCACUGCCCUAACUACCCUGCCACAGGAGGAGUUGGAUCCCACAUACCAACGAAAACUUAGACAGAAGCAACUCCAACAACAGUUCAGAGAACAGAUGGCAAAGAAAGUCAAGACACAACCACAGAACAAUGAUAGUUCCACUGGAAUGCAAGCAAGCAAUCACCCAGCAGGGAAGCCUAAAUCAUCACCACAGGUGAAUCACAGCACACCAGUCAGCUAUGAAGCACACUUUGCCGAAGACAAAUUCCUGGCUGAUGAUCCUGAGCUCUGGGAUAUUCCUCUGGAUGGUGGUGGUGUUGACAGCAACUCAGUUGCCCCUUACCAGGAACAAGUUCCAUCUACACCUCCCACAGGCCAGCACCAUAUGAUGACAAGGAGCAGGACUCCACAGAGGAUAAAUUACCCCAAACAACAACCACACAAUGUUUACCAACACACAGCACUGCAGUCCAGUCCUUGCCAACUGGGACAGUUUAUAAAGAAACGAAGGUUGGAAACUGCCUGAAAAGAUCAAAUGUGCCAAACAAAAUUGUCACUAAGUAUAUAUUUUUUGAACCUUUGUCUUAAAUAUGCUCCAUAUGGCUGGCGUUUUUUUUAAACAAGGAAAA